UCGAAUGUCUCGUAUCGGCCAAGGAAAGGGGGGCGUGUUUGCCACCAGUACUAAGCUAUAUGAACACUUAUGAAAACAAGGCGUGUUGAAGAUUGUCGCAUUUUAUCAUACAGAUGUAAAGUGCUCGGAAUGCAGUUAAAUUUCAGUAACUUUAAAAGAUCGGUGGCAUAAAUGAACACUAUUCCGCGUUGUACCUUAGUGCACGAUAGCCGGUCACUGCCGGUGCCGUUUUAUCUUCUACAGUAGCAUUCCAGCCGAAACCGAAAGGAACAUUUUGUAAACGGCUAUAAACAAGAAACGAAACAUAAGUUAUUCUGUCCGAUUUUUCACCGUCAAUUUAUUGACACAUAGUUACCUGGUCGACAAACUAAAUGUGCCUGUAGCCAAAGUUAGCGUUGGUGUGCGUUAAGCGAAACUGCCAAAGAAGCGCUCAUAAUCAUGGAAUCUUUCCCAACCAUGCAAAGUAACGAGGAGAAAGGCUUGGAAAAAUGUAUGGACGAAUACUUGAAAUCAAUCGGUUAUCACAGAAAGAAAAUAGCCAAAGACGGAUCUUGUUUGUUUCGAGCGGUUGCUGAACAGGUACUGCACUGUCAGAGCCAACACACCAAAGUGCGAGCCACCUGCGUGGAGUAUCUGAAGCGGUACAGGGAGAAUUAUGAGGCGUUCAUUGAAGGAGAUUUCGAGGAGUAUCUACUGAAGCUAGAAGACCCACAGCACUGGGUUGGAGAGGUGGAGAUCAGCGCCUUGGCUCUCAUGUACAAGAGAGACUUCAUCAUAUUUCAGGAGGUUGGUAAACAGCCUGUCAGCAUCACCAACAACGGCUUUGAGGACAAGGUGCGGCUGUGUUUCCUGAACGGGAACCACUAUGACAGCGUGUACCCCAUCAGCCGUGUGAAGACAGCAGCCUACUGCCAGUCCCUCCUCUAUGGGCUGCUGUACGAGCAGGUGUGUGGGGUUGACCGCUCCACCGUCAGCCAUGGUCUUCGGGGUAACCGCGGCAACGACGCCCUGAGCGAUGAUGUCAUGGAGCCGUGUAGGAGCAGCGACGAGUCUGACCCGGAAGGAGAAAGCACUUCCUGGGCCUGUGAAGGAGCAGGUAACAGUGGUCCCAGACACAACGGACACCAUCACAAGGGCCAGGCCCAGGGCCGAGGGAGAGCGAGGCUGCCAGAGAGAGCGAGGCGUUCCCUCAACCCCAACCUCUGGAGGAACAUAGAGUAUGACCUCUGGGUCAAGUCUAAGAUAGCCCAACAGAAAAUGGAUUUCCGCAUCGCUGCAGGCAUGCAGUACACAGUAGGGGAUAGGUGCAAGGUGUGUCUGGAGGGCAGGAGGACCUACAGUGCGUACAUCCAGGAGGUGGUGUCUGACAGUGGCCCUGUCACUGUGUUCAUAGAGGAGCUGGGACAGAGACAUACGGUGGAUCUGUGUCGUCUGAGGCCUCCUGCAGGAGAGAGCAGCUGGAGCACGGUGGCCAGGGAGGGCAGGAGGCUGGGAGAGUGGGAUACCAGAGGAGGAAGGAGGAGACCAUCGCCCACGACAACCCAAGGCAUCUCCCAGGCAACAGGCCCUGCCCCCCCUGGGCGUGUGUUGAAGCAGAGCUCCUGGCCCCCCCAGGCUCUGGGGACCAGCCCUCCCAGCAGGGGCUCAGACCGGCCAGAGGGAGGAGGCUCAGAGACAGGCCAGAGGGAGCCCCCUAAAGGCAGAUACAGGAAGUCCUGCAGCGUGGUGGAGCAGGUGUUUGGGCUGAAGGAGGAGGAGCUGCAGGCUAGAGAAGAAGAGCAGCAGAACCUGACCCUGCUGGAGCUGCAACUACACGACCAGCACGGCUUCCCUGCUCUGGGGGCUCCUGCAGGAGAUGUCCAGAUCCAGCCGGUGUCUGCAGGAGAUCCUGCCCCCCCCUCUCCUCCUGCUGCCCCUCCAUAUGCCCCUCCAUAUGCCCCUCCAUCUGCCCCUCCAUCUGCCCCUCCAUCUGCCCCUCCAUCUGCCCCUCCAUCUGCCCCCCCCUCUCCUCCAUCUGCCCCAACUGUCUCUGCUGCCCCCUUGCCUGCCCCAGAUGGAUCUACUGUCCCUCUAUCUGCUCCUAAAUCUACCCCAGCUGUCUCUGCUGCCCCUCCAUCUGCCCCUAAAUCUACCCCAGCUGUCUCUGCUGCCCCCUUGCCUGCCCCAGAUGGAUCUACUGCCCCUCUAUCUGCUCCUAAAUCUACCCCAGCUGUCUCUGCUGCCCCUCCAUCUGCCCCUAAAUCUACCCCAGCUGGCUCUACUGCCCCCCUGUCUGGCCCAGCUGGCUCUGCUCCAUCUGCUCCAACUCAUUCUACUCCCUCUGUAACUACCCCUGAGUCCUUAUCUGCCCCAUCUCCCCCCUCCUCCUUUGUAUCUGCCCCCCUCCCCCUCUCCACCACCCUUCCUGUCCCCCUCCCCUCCGCCCUUCCUAAUCCCCUUCCCUCUGCACCCCUCCCCUCUGCCCAUCCUAACCCCUCUGCCCCUGCCCCCCUCCCCUCUGCCCCUACCUUUACUGCCCCUGUUGUACCCUCCCCAGUUUCCUCCCUCCUUCCUUCCUCCCUUGAUGCUCCUGUGACCUCUCCCCCCCCCUCGCCCUCCCAUUCUGCCCCUUCUGCCUCCCUACCCCACUCCUCCCUCCCCCAAGACCCCCUCCCCUCAGAAGCCUCAGUCUGUCCCCCAGGAGUGGGCCAGUCCCCCCAGCCCCCCCCAGGCCUGCAGCAGCUGCUCCAGGACCCCCUGUACCCUGGCUUUCCCCAGGGCCCGGAGGGGGAGGUGGUUCCCUGCCCCCCCUACUGCCUGCUGCACUCUGGAGAGGACCUGCCCCGAGACAUCAACAUUCUCAGGUUCUUCUACAACCUGGGUGUGAGGGCUUACUCGACCCCCAUGUACCUCCCCUACUACUACCUCCUCCCCCUUCAGCAGGCCUUCUCCCUGCAGCCCAGAGCCCCCCCACCAGCCCCCCUCCUGCCCCCUUGGUACCCCUCCUCCAGCCCCCCCCACCCCCACUCCUCUCUGGGGCAGUAUGAGAACCACCAGGCCCCCCUCUCCCAGGCCCCCCCCUCCCAGGCCCCAGACCCCCCCCAGCAAUCGUACCCCCCCCACGCCCAGACCCCCCCUCGUACGGGGUCCCUCCCCUGGCCACCCUCCCCCAGACCCGCCCCCUACAUGGGCCCAUAUGCAGGCCCCGCCCCCGCUCCCUCAUACCCCCCUCCCCUCUACACACCCCAGUACCCUCCUCCCAACUACAUACCUGCACCGCACCCUCAGAACACACCCUACUACCCCCCCACCUCGCCCCACCUUCCCCCCACCUACCCCCACCCAGUCCCCCCUGGAGGCUCCCAGAACCAGGGGCCCUUCGAGCUGUCCCACCCCGCCGGCGGAGCCUCGCCCCCUGGGCACAGGGCCGCCCCCCUGGGGGACGGUAGGGGGGCUAACGCUAGCUGGUGUGAGGAGAGGGGCCAGGGAGACACAGGCUCCAGGACAGGGUCCCUGCUGGGGGAGCCCCCCCUGCCUCUGGGGGCCCCCUCUGGACAGGUCUCAUGGUCUCUUCCUCACUCUCACCAGACGCCAGGAAGUAGACUCCCUCUGUUCAAGGAAGUCUCUGUCGUCAUGACAACACAAGGAGCAUGCGAUGGCUCUGCCCCCAUGGCGACCAGUGAGAUGCGUUGGUCGGACAAUAACCUCACCAGGACCUACCAACCAACCAAUGUCUUGGAUCUGUUCAAGGGGGUGGGGCCUCUGUAUGCAGCCCCGCCCCUCUCUCAGAGUGGCAGCCAAACGGAAGAGGGGGAGGGGCUAGAAUCAUCUGACCCCGCCUUCAGGGGAGCAAGGGUGAUGUAUUCCCGCACCCGGGGGCGUGGCCGCGGUCUCGAUGGCAACCGUUUUCGGGCCGGUUACCGUGGAAGGAGAGGUAGCUAUGACGACCGCUGGGAUGGCGGGUUCCGGGAGAGGCGCCAUGGAGACUACUACUUUAAGGCCACCCCUUUUGUGUACCAGGACCGGGGGCGGGGGCGGGGCUACAAUCACUACUCCACCAAUGGGAGGGAGGCAGAAUAUGCCGGCGGCCAUAGGAACGGCCCUUAUCCAAAUUCCUGAGUUAUAAUUGGCACUUUUUUUGCGAUUGUGUAUCUUUUUUUACAGCUGUUGUUUGUUUGUUUCUGUAAUCCAGAUGCUGGGUUGAGGGAGCGGCUGUCUAUUUUAAGCGGGAAGUUUAGUUUCCCCUGUGCCUUGGCUGUGUGCUGGCUAGACUGGCACCUCCAGGUUCACCCUGGGGUUCUGUCCUAACUUUGAAUAAAUGAGUUUAUUAAA